AGCCAUGCUCUCCAUUUCAUCCUCACCCCCUCUCUACCUGAGUUUCCUCCUCUUUCUCUCGUACCCCUCCCCUGUUCUCUCCUGUCGAACUGGGAACUACAGCCAGUGUGAGUCUGCUCCCUUUGUGCCAGGCCACAACCUGGUGGGAGAGGGCUUUAAUGUGGUCACCCUGCGGCGAAAAGGAGCCUACAUGGUUGACGUGAGAACCUACCUCACUCCAAAUGGUACCUGUACUCUCUGCUCCAACCAUAUUCAAGACAACAAGCUGCAGAAACUGCCAGUCUCUACAGUGGACUGGCGUGCAUACAGCCGCUGCAAUGAUGCUGUCCACAGCAGUACACACACCUCUGUCAGCUCACUGAUUAACGCCUACACCGCCCACGAGGGUGAUGCCGAGAAGACCUACCUGGAUGUUGAGAGAACACGUUUGUCUGCAUAUAACUUUGCUACAGAAAAGACCAAACACGAUCGCUACACCUUCAGCUUACACAGGGUCACCUGUAGCUAUUACAGUUACCGUGUGUCAAGCACACCGCCCCUCAGUCCCAAGUUCAGUGAAGAUUUGAAGAGUCUGCCAAAUUUCUACAACUCCAAAACCAAAUCUCAGUACAAUAAACUCAUAGAUACCUACGGCACACACUACAUCCACAAGGUUUAUCUUGGGGGGCGACUCAUGCGAAUUGCAGCUUCACGUACCUGUUUGUCCACACUGAAUGAGCUCUCCUCAAACGAGGUGCACUCCUGCUUAUCACUGGGUUUCAGUGUAGGCCUCGGGAAGACAAGUGCAUCUGCUGUCAGCAGGAUUUGCUCCAAGGUCCUACAGAACCAGGACUUCAAUACCUCGAGCUAUGAACUUCACCAAGAUUACACAGAGGUGUUAGGAGGUACUCAAUGGUCAGGGGUGUUUUUCCUCAUUCGUAAUGACUCUCUGGGCUACCUAAAUUGGAUGAAACAUCUCAAGGACCGCCCAGAUAUUGUUGGGUACUCCCUCAGACCAAUGUAUGAGCUGAUGCUAAAUGAGCCAAAGAAGGCUCAGAUGAAGACUGCCAUUGAGCAGUACAUAGAAGACAACACUGAGAUUAACUCACACAGUGAACCAGAUUGUGGGGUGAACACUCCCAACCAGGCUCCCAACUGCUGUCCUCUAUGGGCCCAGAGAGGAAAACUGGAGGUGACCAUCAUCCGAGCCUGGGAUCUGCAUGGAGAUAUUUUCAGCGAAACCGAAGGGUAUGUUGUGAUGCAGUAUGAUUCCAUUUACCGCAAGACUGGUACGCUCAUGUCAAACAAUCCUGAGUGGAAUGCUCAUUAUGAUCUUGGCAUGGUGGAUACACGCUUAACUUUGAAGUUUGAGGUCUUGGAUCAAGACUGGCAUCGUGUCGACCAUCUGAUAUCAUGUGAGGUCUCCCCAACCCAGGGGCUACACAGUCGCACCUGUUCAUCAUCACUAGGCAGACUCGAUGUCAAGUACAAACUGACCUGUGACCCUCACUUGACUGGAGACAAGUGUGAUCGUUACAAACCAUCUCCACUUUGAGAAAUGCAUUUUGGAGUCACACUAUUCAUAAAUCCCAAGGCCUUAAUUUAAUUGAGUGUAAUAUUUGAUUAACAUUUAACAGGUAAUAAAGGACUGAGGGAUUAUACAUUUAUUUUCCUGCCAUUGAAUCACAAUAUUCUGUUUUCUCUUUUACGUCUGUUUAGGGUUCAAUCAAUCAUUUGACCAUAUAAAGUUAAGUGCUGUGUAAGCCAAAUGACUGUUACACUUUUCAGUUUUCUGUUUUAUAUACUGUUAAAAUUGCAAUAUAUCACUUAUUAUUUGAACAUAUAAAUUAGACAUAUAUUCAUAUACAAUAUGUAAUUGAAAAAAAGAAGAAGCUAAAUCUUGUGUCUUUCUUUUUUAUGUAAACAACAGCUUGGAUGUUUUUUUUGUUGGUAGGGCUAUACUGGUUACGAUAUUGUUUUACAUUUGGAUCGCAGAUUGUGUUGUAAAGGUUGUUGGUAAUUAUCUUUAAUAAAACUGUCAAUUUCUUGUUA